GGACUGGGCGUGGGGAGCAGGAGGAGGAGGAGAAGGAGGAAGAGGAGGAGUGAGGCAGGCUCGCUGAGGGUGGGCAGCGGCUGGCACCCAGCCCCGCGCACCAGCCGCAGUCGCUCCCGCGCCCUCUCCCUGCCUGGCACAGCAUCCAAGGUUCGCGGCCGCUGCUGCGGGGUCCGGACGCCAGGAGCGCCGGCCGCGGCGGGCAACCGGGCAUGAAGAUGGCUGUGGGAGCCGUGAAGAUGCAGCCCCCGCCGGCGGAGAGCCCGGAGCCCGCGGACCCCGGGACGUCGGGGGCCGCCGGGGCCCCGGGGGGGAGGCGGCAGCGGCGACGAGGGGGGAGCCCGGGAGCCCCGGAGCAGCCCCAGCCCCCGGAGCAGCAGCUGCGGCACCGGCUGCGGGACCUGCCUGCUCUGCUGCGCAGCGGGCUCACCCUGCGCAGGAAGAGGAGCGCCGGCGGCGGCAGGGCUCUGGCAAGAAGAAUUUCAAAUCCAUACCUAGAACAUACUGCUUCCCAGAUUUAUGGAGAGAAUUCUUCCUGCGCCGGGAGAGCCCUGAGGAAUAUCUUUACGGUGCAAGCAUCUGACCUGAUAAAAGACAGAGUGAACCUUAAGGGUGUUUACAGGAGGAGCUGUGUGGGAUCCGAGCUCGUGGACUGGCUUUUGGAGAACUGUCCUUUCGUUCAGUGUCGCUCCAUGGCUGUUGGCGUGUGGCAGCUACUUCUGGACAUGGGGAUCAUUCUCUCAGUGGACCAGCAGCUGUAUUUCCAGGACACCUACGUUUUCUACCAGUUUUCCUCAGAUGAAUGCAGCUACCUGUACUGUGAAUAUGAAAGGGCCGAAGAAUGGCAGAAUGGAGUUCGCCUCCUGCUGCAGCUGGUGCCGCUCAGCCCAUCGAGGGGGGACGACUGUGACCUGCCCCAUCAGAAAAUUGAAGACACAGAAGAAACCAGUGAUGAACUCCUUGUCCGUCUCACAUCUGCGGUUCAGAGGGAACUAGCUGCUGUCAUUGCUUUCAAAGCCAGGAAGGCAGCUCUCGAUCAAGAUGAAGAGAAUGAGGACACACAGACGGUGUCUGAGGAUGAUGGCCUCUCUGACUCCCAGGCAGGAGUGAUGUGCAAACUUCAGGAGAGAGAUGACAUCGGGAGAAUCGAACUUGUCCAGAAACUCGCCAGAGAAAACUGCCAGUUUCUGCAGACGGACAGAAAAGAGCCCGAGAAGCCUGAGCAACAAGAUGAUGAAGUGACAACCUUGCAAGUUAAAGAGGAAGAUGGAACUGUCCUGGUAUUCAAGAAGGUGUCGUCAUGUGGGCCGGCCCCCACAUCAGGGAGUGCCCACACUGAUUGGAGAUACGUCGUGGUGUCGGGGACGCCAGAGAAGAUUUUGGAGCACCUCCUGAAUGACUUGCACCUGGAAGAAGUCCAGGACAAAGAAACAGAGACCCUUCUGGAUGAUUUCCUGCUCACAUACACCGUCUUCAUGAGCACUGAUGACUUGUGCCAGGCGCUGUUGCGGCACUAUUCUGCCAAGAAAUAUCAAGGCAAGGAAGAAACCUCGGACGUGCCUCGUCGAAAGCGGAAGGUCUUGCAUCUCGUGUCCCAGUGGAUCGGGCUGUACAAAGACUGGCUGUCUGAAGACGAGCCCUCCAAGAUGUUCCUAAAGACCAUAUACAGGAAUGUCCUGGAUGACAUCUAUGAAUAUCCAGUGCUUGAGAAGGAGCUGAAAGAGCUACAGAAGAUCCUUGGGAUGCAUCGACGGCACACUGUGGAUGAAUACUCACCGCACAGAAAGAAUAAAGCCCUUUUCCACCAAUUUAGUCUUAAGGAGAAUUGGCUCCAGCACCGAGGAACUGUGGGUGAAACAGAGGAAAUCUUCUGCCACGUAUACAUAACGGAGCACUCCUACAUCAGCAUCAAGGCCGGGGUUUCCAGCACGGUGCAGGAGAUCCUCAAGAUUGUGGCCGGGAAGCUCCAACACGCUCAGGAUGACCUGGCCCUGGUGGCUGUCACCUUCUCAGGGGAAAAGCAUGAACUUCAACCAAAUGACUUAGCCAUCUCAAAAUCACUGGAGCUAUCAAGUCGGAUCUAUGUCUACCGGAAGGAUCUGUCAGAGACUUUGAGCCCACUGGUGGAGAGCGAGGAAUCCCAGCAAAGGUCACUGAGGAUCCUGGGAAUGAACACAUGGGACCUGGCCAUGGAAUUAAUGCACUUUGACUGGGGCCUGUUCAACUCAAUUCAUGAGCAAGAGCUGAUUUACUUCACGUUCAGCCGACAAGGCAGCAGCGAGAACACGGCGAACCUCAGUCUCCUGCUCCAAAGAUGCAACGAAGUCCAGCUGUGGGUGGCCACGGAGAUUCUGCUCUGCAGCCAGCUCUGUAAGCGAGUCCAGCUGGUGAAAAAAUUCAUCAAAAUCGCUGCUCACUGCAAAGCCCAAAGAAACCUGAAUUCUUUCUUUGCCAUUGUAAUGGGUCUCAACACUGCAUCAGUCAGCCGGCUGUCUCAGACCUGGGAGAAAAUCCCCGGGAAGUUUAAGAAGCUUUUCUCUGAGUUGGAGAGUUUAACAGACCCUUCCCUGAAUCAUAAAGCCUACAGAGAUGCAUUCAAAAAGAUGAAGCCUCCCAAAAUCCCCUUCAUGCCACUCCUACUUAAAGAUGUGACAUUCAUCCAUGAAGGAAAUAAAACUUUCUUGGAUAACCUCGUCAAUUUUGAAAAGCUGCACAUGAUUGCAGAUACCGUCCGAUCCCUGAGACACUGCCGGAAUAACCAGUUUGGAGGUGAAGUGUCUCCAAAAGAACACCAGGAGCUCAGAUCCUACGUGCACCACCUGCAUGUCAUUGACAACCAGCAGGUGCUGUUUGAACUUUCCCACCGGAUUGAGCCAAGGGCGUGAGCACAUACUCAUGUUAUGGCAGCCUGGCGGGCAGACCCUGGGGACGGCAGCACUUUGGAUUAAGGGAAUGUCGAUGCCGAGCAUGUGGCUUUCCUCCUGAAAACGGAUUUGCUGAGUUUUAUCAGUCACUCCCUAGACACUUGUGGGAAGGUCAGACAGCAUGAGAAGGAGCUGGUGGCAGCCUUCAGAAAGGAGGGAGGCACCAGGGCUCUCCCUGGGGAGCUGGAGCUGGAGAGGAAGAGGAAACAGCACUUGGAAUUGGAGCAGUGGAGUUCCUCAUGACAGUAUCACUGGUCCAAUAGCUUUUCACUUUCAUUUGUGCGCCAGUGUUAAAAUAAUCUUAUGCCAUGCCAUGUCAUGUCCCGUAAGGACAAACAUUUCAACCAGAAAGCACAGAACGUGGGGAGGGAUGGAAAUUUCCCAGGCACCUUGGAAUGCACUUCUCAGUGGGUCCCACCACAUUACUUGAGAGGCAGCCUGGUGUCAUAGCUAGAGGCCUGACCUCAGAGUCAGGAAGACCUGUGUUUAAGUCCCAUCACUGACACAUCCUAGCUGUGUGACCCUGGGCAAAUCCCUUCCCCUCACAAGGCCCCUGGUUAAGACUAGAAUUUUACAGAGCAGAUGGGAAUCUGCAUUGGUGCCUGAAGUUCCUACACUGAUCAGUCCAGCAAAAUUGCUUUUUUUUCCAAGAUCUUGAAAAAAAAAAGUCACAUCAUUUGCCCCUUUUCUGACUCAGUGGUGGUUUCUCCAUGGGAAUUGCAAUGAAACCAUGCAUGUGUGUGUAUACAUAAAUGUUAAGGGAAACCUGGGAAAAGUAAUCCCCAUUAUGCCUGCUUACAUUCUGAAGCUUGCAAUUUUCAGACACCCACUUUAAAAAAAAACAUGACCAUUUAAAGAUCCACACUUAGGGAUGAAAUUAUUUUCUGCACAGCUGGCUAGUUUAAUGAAAAUUAUUUGGACCAAUUAGGCAAAUUAUGCCAAAUUGCAUCUCCCAUAGGGGCAGCAUUGUUAAUGAUUGCCUUUUAAAAAAAAUCUGCACUCAGUAUAAUUUCUGAGGAUUUUUUUUUCACACUAAAUGAAAGAUGGCCCACUCUUGUGUGUGCUCUUGUGAGGUCUUUGAAAGACACCAGUUCUUGUCAUUUGCACACUUUGGGACCUGGGAGUAAUUUCCUUGCCUGAAAGAUGAGACAUUACUGCUCCCUCCCAGAACAGUAGAGGGCAAAUGAGAGAGAAGACAGAUAAAAGGUGAGGUCUUCUCCACAUGAGGGUUGCUAUGAUUUCAGUGCAUGAAAACAAGUUUGGGUUUAGAGUGAAAUAAACAUGCCCCCUCAGGUUUAGUUAAAUUGUCAUAGCUUCCCCAAAACAUUGAAAACACAUGGGAUCUCCAAAUGGGAAAGGCCAUUGAGGAGCAUUUGGCCCAAUCUUCUGAUCUAAGCAGGAAUUCUCUCUCUCUCUCUCUCUCUCUCUCUCUCUCUCUCUCUCUCUCUCUCUCUCUCUCUCUCUCUCUCUCUCUCUCUCUCUCUCUCUCUCAUUUAUCUUGAUUUUAUCAAAGCUCCAAGUCGUUCCAACUCAUUUUAUUUUUACUUACUGCAAUUUCUAUGGCAGGUUUGUAAGCAGCACAGUUUCAUGUAUCAUUAGUUCAAUUUCUCCAUGUUGUAUCAAUCAGUUUGUUUAAAUGCCAUGUGACAGUGGAUACAGUGCUGGGUUAGUAUCAGAUUGAACUGAGUUCAAAUCCUGCCAUUUUGUGACCUUGGCCAAGUCAUUUAGCCUCUAUAUGCCUCAGGUAAUUCCCUGGGCCUUAUCUAUAGAGAUGGAUUGCAAUUUGUAUCCUUGGAGGGCAUUUCCACACUGAGAGGUUCCCAUGCUGAGAUCAUGGAUAUUCUGGCUAUUUAUGUAUCAGUCUUUGCUAAGGUUUUCAAACUACAUUCCUUCUCACAAUCUGUGUGCCCUUAAGCAACACCUUGAUUUCAAUUCACUAAAAUCAUAUUCAUGUUCGUUGUCAGAAAUAGAUGAAAUAUUUCUAGACAUUAUUACAGCCCUGUUUCCUGGGGUUCAGCAAAUACAUACCUGUCUGUGACUACACACACAUAUAUGCACACAAACACAUAUGUAUGCACAUGUGUGUAUACACGUGUAUAUUUUGUGGAUAUAGGAAUGACUUGUAUAGCACAUGUAAUAUAUAAUAUACAUGAUACAUGUUAUAUGUAAUAAGUGAGAGAUCCACACAAAGAAAUAUGGAUUUGUCCUGGUAUAUGAAAUUUCAUCUUUGUCUAAAAUCAUUCAUAGUCAUAGAUGGGAGACGAUAAUGACACACUGUUGAAUGGGUCUGGAAGAUGUGCUCAUAAGCAUGGUGCUGCUUAUUGGAUACAAUGGAGACCAGUGGUAGAGAGCCAUUCCAUAGCACAGUAUCAAGAAGAACUCAGUCUUGUUGGUGACAGUCAACACUUCCUCUGUUUUCCUGUAGGUAAUGUGGCUGGCCUUAGGCAACAUCUGGCAUGUUUUGUUUGGGUUUCUGUGACCAGGAAGACAAAAAUGGCAAAUAUGACUGUAACUGGCAUUUGGAAAGUUCCAUGAAAAGCAAGCCAGGAGAAACUCAGAUUUUUUUAACCCUAAAACUCUACAUUUUGCCAAUUAAAAAUAUAAAUUGUCUUGAUCUGUUUCAGCCAUAAUACUCCCUCUAGUGAAGAAUUUUUCUGGAAAACUGUGAGCCACUGCACUGAGUGCUUAGGGAUCCUGAAGUAUGAAACCAUGCCAAGCUCAAGCCAUGUUGGGAUCUUAUAGAAAUGCCUUUUCUGAGCACUGACAGGUGCGUGUCAUUGUAGUGUGGCAGGGGAAGGGAAUGGAGUCAAUGGGAAGAGGCAUCUCGCUGGGGGGAAGAACCAUCCCCAGCCAUACCCUUGACUUUAUCGUUACCCUCUUCUCUCAAGACCUAGCACUGGAGGGACCCAGCACAGAGACAACAAAGGAUUUCUCAUCUUUGUCCUCCAAAUGUUGUUCUGAUAUUUAAUUCUGACCUAAAGGGUCUGAACAGACAAAAAAGAUCAAUAGUUUCACCAAGCUUCUUGGACGAGAGUUACGCCCCAAGAACGAAAAUGGCAGAGUCCAGCUCAACAUCCUAGAACUUUCUAAUAAUUUGAGCCACCCAACAAAUCUCCCAUUCUGAGCAAGCCACUUUCUCUCUCUGGUUCUCAGCUCCCUUACCUCUAAAAUGAGGGUCUUGAGCUAGAUGGCUUCUGAGGCCCUUCCAUUUGUGAGAUUCUAAAUUCCAGGGAAGGAGGUCACUCCAGAGCCCUAGUGAGCUCCCCUUAAGGAGCCUACAAGUAAUAAGCAGAGGGUCAUCUGCCAUGGAAGGGCUUCCUAGACUGGGAAGUGGCACCAAAAUCUGAGACUCAGGGGUCUCUUCUGCAGUUCCAUGAAAUCAUUCCUAACUCAGAAGUUCUCCAGGGAUCUUUACCAGCUCAAACUUGAGCCUUUCCUAGGGGCCCCCUGUUGUGGUAGAGCUUCUACAAAUCCUUGUGUGUCCCUGAAUUCCCUGGCAUUCCACUAAAUCAGGCUGUGUCAGGAGUGAGUCCAGCACAGGACACCAAGCAUGGACCCCUGUGAAUAUGCAACAAUAUCCAAGCACUUCCUUCUUUUCACAGGCAGACUGAAGACUCAGAGCUAGUCUGAAUUGGCACUUGCUAUACUGUAGUCACAAAGCACUUCUAGGGAUGACUUGGAGGAACAGAUUCUCAAAGCUAACUAUUACAUGGUGGUUAUUUGGAGUCUCUUCCGGAAAACCGGAUCAAUAAGGGACACGAUUUCCCAAAUCAGAGCUUAAGCAGGAAAAGCCACAAUCAGGUCCAGAGGGAGAAUAUGACCCAUCUUGCACUGACAGUUUGGUUAAAAAACUGAGUGGGGCAUGGAAGGAGAGCUGGGAUUGCUCAGAGUUUCUGCCCACAUGUGGAAACAUGUCCAUCCAUCAGCUACUAUUGGGAUUAUCACCAGAUGCUGUAAAUUGCUAACCUCGGUCUUUUGAAAUCAUGCAACGGAUUGUAUGUGUGUGUGCGUGUGUGUGUGUGUGUGCGCGUGUGUGCGUGUGUGUGUGUGUGUGUGUGUGCGUGUGUGUGUGUGUGUGUACAUGAGACAGAGAGAAAGAGAAGAGAGAAGAGAAGAGAAGAGAAAUUGGCCAAAGUGUUCAAAUAGAAAGGGUAAGAACACCCAGGUUCUGGUGCCAUUGUCUGAGGGGGGUUUGCUAUAACAACUUUAGAUGCUUCUACAACAUGUCCUUAGAAUUUCAGCUCACAUUUAGCUAGUGAGCAGUGUGCUUAAAACCAGUGGCCAAAAAAAAAGUUUAAAAAAUUGCCAAAAAGCAAGAAAAAAAUGUACUACUGUUCAGAACCAAGCUGUAUAUACUUAACCUUUUGUUUUUGUUUUAUUUUUUAGCAGAGAACAAUAUUUAUUUGCAUAGUCUAUUUAUUGUAUUGAGAUUACACUGUUGUUGUACCAAGAUGAAAUCCAUGACCCAAGGCAAGAAAUCUUCCCUUGGUGGUAUCUUGAAUUGGAACUGCUAUUAACACUGUUGACUUGCAUUAACAAUAAAAAGCUAGAAACCCCGCAAUCAGGGAUGUCUACCGAACUUCUCAGGGACUACGGUCAGUAGUUGUCCACUCUCCGAAGCACUGGUAGAGAUGAAACCGUUUGUUGAUUUACCAGAAUCCUCAGCGACAGUGUUCCCCUUCCUCUCCCCUGCUUGUGGGCUCUGUACAUAAAGUAAUGUCGCAUAUUUAUGAAAGCUAGUGAGCAAUAAUUUAUAUGUAAAAAUGGCCAAGCAAUAUAAGAUUAAAACUUGUAUAAGUGACUGUGACCUUAGAUGGCAUUUUCAAGUGUUUUUUUUAUUGUUUUCCAAAAUAUAUGACUAUUAAAGAUUCACAGAUUUGUUUC